CCUGACGUCAUCACGUACGCUGAAAUGCACGACGUAACGUUAUUCGGAGGAAGCGUUGUUUUGUAAACACAUUUGGUUAAAUCUUUUAAAGUAAAUUCACCCAACGAGAUUCAGCACGGAGAUAAUCCUUUUUACUCGAUAUUCCACCCGGCGAAUCGUAUGAACGCGCAACAAGCUGCUAACGUCAGUUAGCUAACGCUACUAUCGAGCUAGCAUGUUCGCUUGCGGGCGGCUUUAGCCCAGUGCGGCGGUGUGCGUGGUGGCGCGCUAUGGAGCCGCUAAGUAUAGUUGUGGAUGAGGUGGCUUUGGAGGGACUGGACGGGAUAACUAUUCCCUCUCUUUGGAUACGACUGGAGGGCAGAAAGCCAGCUUUCCCCCUCAAGCUCGACGACUGCACCAAAGACUUCCUCUGGAGGUCUCUCCUCAACAACGGCGACCUGAAGUUCUACCAACUGCCGCAGGAGAGAGGGGACGUGCAGCUGUUUGACAGGUUCAAAAACAUCGACCCAGACACGGGCAUUGAAAGGAGAAUGUCGUUUUCUGACGCGCCAAAAGACGUCUACCCCAUCAGUAUUACUCCAGAAAACCAGCAUGGGAUACAGGGCUCGUGCGCGGUCCUCAAAGAGAGGACAGACGUCACCCAGCACGUCCGAUCCAAGUCCCUCGCCCCGCUGCUCGACCUCCCGGAGGCUUUGGAAAGAUACGGCCGUAAGCUUGUCGUCGUGGCGUCCCAGAUGCUGCGAUUCAGAGCCCUGAUCGGAAUUGACAGCGACCCCGAUCUGAAACUGACCGACUUCUCCUUCUGCGUCUUGGAGCGCGUGGGUCGGGCCCGCUGGCAGGGCGAGCUCCAGAGCGACCUGCACGGGAGCACCUUCAAGAUCGACGCCGGGAAGCUGCACUACAUGCGGAAGGCGCUGGUCAAACACGGGCUCAUCACCAUGCAGUCCCACAUCACGCGGGCGCAUUCAGGGCAGCAGCAACACUCCAUUCUUCUGCUGCUCAAACGCUUCCAUGUGAACAGGAGGACGAAGUACGACAUGCUAAUGGAGUACGUGUCCAACUUCCUCCUGCAGUCGCCUGGUCACUUUGUCAGCGUGCUGGUUCUCAAAGAACAACUCUCCAGCAUCAACGAACGUAGCUUUAGGCUUUUAAUUCGAUACAUGCGAUCUGCCAAGUUGAUUGAGCACUGCCAGUACCCUCUGGAGGACCUGGACCCCGAAGCCGGGCCCUGCACCAACAAAUCAGGGAAGAAGGUGCUCGUGCGUUGUUUGAAGCAGGUGAAGCCGUACGCAGGGAAGGGCGUCGCUGACGACGACGACGAGGACGACGACGAAGAUUACGCCAAUAGAGCUCUCCCUCUGGAGGGGCGCAUCAUGGAGACCGACGUCCUUACGCAGGCUUAUCACAUCGUGUUAUCCGCCGGCUCAAAGGGAAUAAAACAGACGGAUCUCGGGCUGAGAAUGAAUGUCGGCCGGCUGGAAUCUCGUAUGAUUUGUCGAAGGCUGGAGAGGGAGGCACUGAUUAAGGGAUUCAUGGUGGAUGAGGGUCGACAACGGACCACAAGAUACAUCAGCCACAGGUGCGUGGGAGUGAGUAACCAACUCCAAAUGGUCGCUAAGGAGCAGGAGCGGAAGAAGCUUCUUUACUCGUCGCCGCAGACAUCGGAGCGUGAACCUCCCGGCCCGGAAACUCCGCCAGCCUCCACGUCGAAAGGGGCCGUAAACGCCAAACCCCGAGCGGCAAAGAAGCUUCAGACAGCCGGCGGAGGAGGAGGAGACGAGGACAAGGACGCAAAGGAGGCCGGGCGGACGUGCGGCGGCGGCGGAGAAGAAGCAGCGGAUGUAAGCGGUGAAGGCUUGGACGGAGAGGGAGGUGCAGCGGGAAGAAAGUCGGGAGUUGGAAGAAAGAAGGCGGGAAGGAAAAGCGCCGUGAAAACUAGUCAACCUGAGACGGCGGCCGCGCGGACCUCACCGGCCGAAUGUGAAACUCCAGCCAGCGGCGAGAGCACCAGCAGCGCGACGCCCGACUCGGAGUCCACUCCGCGAGCAGCUCUCUUUAAGGAGGAUGAAUCCAGUUCGUUACUCGAGGGGCUGAACGCCGCCGAUAAUCCAGACGACACCAACAUUGAGCUUGUUACAGAUGUCUGCAAGCCGCAGACUCGCGAAAAAUCCAGUCGGUAUCUGGCGAGAUCUCACGAGACGUACCGCCUGCUGCGGAGGAGGAACCUCAUCAUCGAGGCGGUCCGCACCUUCAAAAUCGUCGAGGGAUUUUUCCUGCUUCAAAAGAUAAUCAAUGAAGAGGAGAAGAAGAAUGGGCUCAACACAAAGUGCUGCAGGAAGACUGUUGUGCGUCUCGUGGACGGUCUGUCCAGGGAAGGUUUACUGAAGGUGUACAAGACCACCGUCGUUCAGGACGGGAUCAACAAGAAGCUGGAGAUGAUCGUUCAUCCGUCCAUCCAGCCCAGCGAUGACGUAGUGAGGGGCGUCAUCGAACAGGUCCGCUUCAAAAUCUCCAGCUCUUACUCGGCUGUACGACGGAAAAACGAGGAAGAGGACGCCAGUAAACAAAGCCCGGGGCCCGAGGACGCCAAGGGCGCCGCGUGUGAAAACCUACCCAGAGACAAGAGAAAAGAAGACGAUUUCAGGCCCAAAACAGUUCGGGGGUUGGGCAAGACGCUGGGUUUCCAGCCUAAGAUGCAUCGCCUGCAAGUUGUUCACAGUUUCCUCUGCCACGUGAUCUACGGGCACCCGGCAAUAAACGACCCCACCGACGUCCGGCCCGCCGCUCGGACGCCGGCGGACGCCAGCGGCUCCGAUGCCAAGGCGCCGGCGGACGCAAACGGACGGGCGCGGCCGCCGGAGGGGCAGCCCGCCGAUUCCACCGCGGCCGACUUGGACGUGGCGUUAUCGUCGGACGAUGAAGAGGAGGUGAAGGACAAAGCGACGUCUGCGCGGCCUCAGUCCGACUUGAAAGUGUACGCCGAUGAAGAUACCUGGAAGAAAUUCGUUCCUCCUGUGCGAGUUCACAAGGGGUUCAUCAGCGGCUGGGCGAUGGUGGGCGACCUGCUCCUCUGCAUGCCGCUCUCCAUCUUCAUUCAAGUCAUACAGGUCAACUACAAGGUGGAUGGACUGGAGGAAUAUCUCAGCGACCCUGUGAAGCAGCACCAUCUGAUCAGAGCGCUGCCCGCCCGAAUGAAGAGACAGCUGCUUUACAAACGGAGAUACAUCUUUUCGUUCCAUGUGAACCUGCAGAAGUUGGUCUACAUGGGCCUGCUGCUGUUUGGUCCUGUGGAGAAGUUCACGGACAAAGACCAGGUGUUUGUGUACCUGAGGCGGCACGCCACCAUCGUCGACACCACCAGCGCCGACCCUCACUACUGGCUCGUCACCGAGUCGCCUGAGAAACCCUUCGAGAGGCGCCGGUACACGUUUAACACCUCGGAAGACGUAGAGAACUACUGGUUUGACCUGAUGUGUGUCUGCCUCAACACGCCGCUGGGGAUAGUCCGCAGUAAGAGAAGCGCAGAUAAUGAAACGGCACCUUCCUUUUUGCAUGAACGCCACGUGUUUGCGGGACUGGCGUACCUGCUAAAGGGCUCCCGUGAGGUGUCUGACGACUGGUCGACACCGGGAGACGGGAAAGGAGCCGCAGGUCUGGACUCUGAAUUCUUCGCUCAUCUGAAACGCAACUGGCUGUGGACCAAUCACCUUCUGAUGUCCAAAUCGACCCCGUCCGGUAGCGUGUCGAAGGAGAACAAAAUCCGCCUGAAGAGUCUCUUGACCAGAAACGCUUUCAGGAUUGUGCUUAAAGCCGGGGGAACGACUGCACCUCGCUACGUGACCAACAAGAGGCCGCUGAUUACAGAGAUUGUGACGUUGGGUGUCGAGCCGGCGACCAGAAACAAGCGGGUGGUCGGAGGGAAGAAACAGAAGAGGAAGAGAAUCAAACAGCAGGCGGUCAAAGCUCCACGCAAGAAUAAGGAGCCGAAGAAGCGCACCCCUGCUCACGACGAGGCGGACCACCGAGCCAUAAAGAUGAUGACCCGGCAGCGGGUCUACUGGUCCGUGCAGGAGGACUCGCUGAUGAUGCUCUGCCGGGUGGCCGCACACCUGCUCAACAGCAAAUUAAAAAGGCCGUACGUGCCGUACUGUGUGGUGAGAGACCUCCUCCAGGCCGAGUACGAGACAUCGAUGGAUAAAACGUCCGUCGCCGUCGGGCGCCGCACCCGAUACAUCCUGAAAAACCCGCAGACUCUUCUGAACUACAGGAUCUGUCUGGCUGAGGCGUACCAGGACAAACCUCUGAUGAAACUGUUGGAGUCCAAGAAACCUGCUGAUCCGGAGAACUCAGAUGAUUGUGCUAAGUCGUUCUCUGAGUAUGCCAGACUGCUCAGGGAGAAGUUCAGAUCUGUUCUGAGCACCACGGAUUUGGUCAUACCGGACACAAAACCACAGCUCUUCUCACGGUUCAAGGUGUCGGCGAUAGAGAGCGUGAGGAAGGUGGCGAGGAAAGACACCCUCAACUGCACGGAUGACAUUCAUACCCUCGUGUUAGAAAACCUGAUCCAGAGCACUCUGGCCAUGACCAACGCUCAGAUGAAGUCGUCCCGGUCCUUUCAGACCUUCCACAUGUACAGUCAGUACAAGCAGGAGCUGCUGUGCCAGAUCUUCAUCCGUUUCAGGAAGAGGGGUCUGGUCAACCGCCGCCGCAUCCAUCAUUUGUUCGGGCCGAAGAAGAACCGCGCGCUGCCCUUCCUGCCAAUGUCCUACCAGCUGUCCCACUCCUACCACCGGUGUUUCUCGUGGCGCUUUCCUCACUCGCUGGUCAGCAACUCCCUCCGCUUCCUGAGGGGUCUCCUCCGCAACGGGACGGGAGACGACCGACCCGCUGUCGAGUUCUUCCACGAGACCGUGAACCGGUCACCGAGCGGCGAGGAAGCGACGGAGAAGCGAGCGGCCUCGGGGAAGAAACAAAGGAAGAAAGACGAGGGAGGACCGGUGGGGGAAGCGCAGGCGGCAAUCGUCGACGCCGCGACGGAAGGAGACGACGACGACGACGGCGACCGAACCGGCGCGCCGGGAGCGGAGGAGGCGAUGGAGGAGGCGACUAGCGAGAAAACCCAGGCGCCGGGCGAAGCGGACGACCAGCAAACCCCGGCGGAGGGUCUCCCAGCUGGUCCUGCUGAAGAGCGACCCGGCGGGGAGCAGGCGGACGAUGCCCCGCCCACAGGGGAGGAGUCUCCGGAUGUGUCGGACAUGAUGUUCUUCUCCAUGGACUCUGCGGACGGAGGCUGCGCCGUGUCUCUCAGCCUGAUGUCUCUGGGACUGCUGAGCGUCCUCGUCUCCGUACCCAGACAGAUGGUGGUGGUGGACAGUAACCUGUUGGACACCAGCCUCGUCAAGAGCGUCGGCGCUUUGGAAGAAGAGGAGGACGACGACGAAGAUGAUGCUGAAGAGUGUGACGGGAAGAAGAAGCUAGAAGUGAAGUCACAGGCGUCUCACACCAAGUACCUGAUGAUGCGCGGGCACCGCUCCCCUGGCAUAGUCAAACUACGUAACCUCAACACCACCGACAGCAUCGUGGUGGAGUCGUGUUUUGUGCGGUUGAAGCUGCGCGACACACCUGCUCACCACCUGUUCCCUCAAGAGAGAAUCUCACCGCUGGACUUGAGAAAAAGCGGCGUGCGCCAGCUGCCCUCCGUCCUCACCGCCUUCACCCGCUGCUCCUCCUCGCCGUCUCCCGGCGAGCUGCAGGAGUGUCACGCGCGUUUGACCCAGCAGAGGGGCUACACUGCUCAGGACAUCGAAGCGUGUGUGCAGCUCCGGAGCAGCUUGGCUGCAGCUGGUGAGAAUGGCCUGGACGUGGGCGACCUCCACCGGGGGCACCAACACCUGGAGGAGCCGCGGGCCGGACGCACCCGCAGCCUGCAGAAGUACAUGCAGGACUUGGAAGAAGAAGGCCAGGUGUCAAAAGUCGGGGGUCUGGGCGCCCGUUGGGUGCUCCUGCAGCACGCCGACCCGUGGCUGCUGACCGUGAACUCAAAGCAUUGGUCCAACUCCAGCACCGCCUGCGACAGACUCCCCUUUUUGCAGAAAGGGCACAAGAUCCCCUUCCUGCGCAAGAGAUCCAGGCGAGAAGCGCCAAAGGAGGCCGGGGAGCCGCCUGCGAAAAAAUCUCCUCCGGUCGAACCGGCAGGCGAGGACGGACCCGGGGGAACAUCGGGUGACGCGACGAAAGAGGCUCUGAGGGAGGAAGAGCAGCCGGGGGGGCAGAGGGAGCGGGCGGACCAGGGGGGUGCAGACGAAUCCCCCAACCCGGAAGCGGAGGGAGGGAAGCCGUCGCCGCCUGGAGAGGACGGAGAGCGCAAGGCGGCGGAGACGGAAGGAAGGCGGCCAGAAAGGAAACUUCGUAGAGUCCGAUUGAAGAGUAUCGACGGCGCGGGGGAGGAAGCGGCGGGCUCUGCGGCCGGAGCCGAUGACCCCAGCAACCGGAGCUUCAUCAGCCGGCCGUGGCGCAUGGUCGACGGCAACCUGAACCGGCAGGUGUGCAAGUUCAUGCUGGAGGCCGUCAUGUACCACGUCAUGUCCCGGCCCGGACUCACGCAGCAGACGCUGGUGGAGCACUACAAGGACAAGCUGCAGCCGAUGGCGGUGCUGGACCUGCUGCAGGCGCUCAUCGAGCUGGGCUGUGUGACGAGGAACACUCUGUCCAGACCUCCCAAGGCCUCGCUGUUCUCCCUCGCCGUGCACACCACCAGCGCGGAGACCCCGGUGGAGGACCCGGGUCUGGUGUUUUACGAGCCCACCAUCAGCUGCCUGCUGCGGCUCGGCAAGGCGAUACCCGAGGAACGCCACACCCAUUACACGCAGUGGACGUCCUCCCCGACCUGAAUAAUGCUUCAUGUUCCGUGUCAACGGGUCCUUCGGGACAGAUUUUACUUUUACGAGGAUUCUUCUUUUUUUUUACAUUCUUUGUAUGUUUAUCUGUUGUUCCCAUCGGAAUCCAAAUAAAGUCAUUCUAAGACAAA